CGCCUGUGACGUCAGCCCGCCAUUAACCAACGAAGAAGGAAAACAGGAAGAGCGAAAGAUCGUCUAAAAUGCGCGGGACAGUUGCUGUGGAAUCGAAAUAAUAUUUCUACAAUUUACAUUAGGCUCUGACUGUGAUUUCAAGUUUGUUAGAGUCAUUAUGUAGCUGUAGAUCAUUUUCCACACAGGCGAUGAAGCAGCGCGUGGACUGCUCGGUCACGUGAUACUCGUUGCUUUUCUCAGCGCUGCUAGAAUGGACCAAUCACGCGCGAGAUCGGUGGAUCAUCCGCUUCUUUAUAAACUUUAUUUUAUAGACGGUGCUGAGGCAGAUCCUCUCAGUGUUUCAGACGCUGAAUCUUGUAGAUAAUACAUUUAAAUGAUUGCGCUUUUAAGAGUAAUAAUGUCUCCUGUAAGACGAAACUCGUGUGUGUGUUCAGAAGCGGUGAAAGUGUAAAGUUCAUUGAUUUCUCAGACGUCACUGAUCAAGAAACCGUGAAAUCGCGAUUGUUUAUCGUUCGUGUGUGAGGACAGAUCUCCAGAAGACGGAAUAAUGUGUGGAUGAUGAAGAUCCAGCUGCUGCUGCUCUGCUGCUGUUUCUGGACAGACCUGAGGUCAGAGACACUGAAGUGAAAGCAGCUUCACAACAUGAACAUGUGUGCUGCACACGGCCUGAGCUCUCCACACGAGGACACACACACGGAUCCACAGCUGGUGAUUGACAGCAGCAGUGAAGUGGAGUCACAGUCUUCCUCUUCCUCACAGAUCCCGGACGUCGUUCCCGUCAGUGCCGGUCCUCAUGUGUCGGGAUCCUCCGGCCGGGAUCGCGGCUCUUCAGACUCCUGCUCUGCUGACCGUCUCGUGUCGGACGCGUGUGACGCUGCAGAAGAGCUGCCGUUCGACCCCACGCUGCCCAGUUUUCCAGCGGUUCAAGAGAACGUCAGUGUCCGUGAGACGAGAAAACCCGCCAAAGACCAAACUAGGAAACGGAGCAACGCCUCCCACGUCCUGAAAGAACAGGGAUCCUCCGACACGGACCCUGCGGUGCCCUGCCCUGACCAGGAGAUCCCCACCUUCGACGAAUGGACCAAGAUCAUGAUGGAGACGGAGAAGAGUCAGGUGACUCCUCACGCUCCCGACGGGAAGAAGCUGCAGCAGACCAUCACCAACUACGCCUCGGUGGAGUGUGGAGCCAAGAUCCUGUCCUCCAACCCCGAGGCCAAGAGCACCUCAGCUGUCCUGAUGGAGAACAUGGACAUGUACAUGCUGAAUCCCUGCAAUAACAAGAUCUGGUUCAUCAUCGAGCUCUGUCAGCCCAUUCAGGUCAAGCAGCUGGACAUCGCCAACUUUGAGAUCUUUUCCUCAAACCCCAAAGACUUCCUGGUGUCAAUCAGUGACAGAUAUCCAAACAAGAAGUGGGUGAAGCUGGGGACGUUCCACGCGCGUGACGAGCGGACGGUGCAGAGCUUCCCUCUGGAUGAGCAUCUGUUCGCCAAAUACGUCAAGAUGUUCACCAGAUACAUCAAGGUGGAGCUGCUGUCGCACUUCGGCUCUGAGCACUUCUGUCCUCUCAGUCUGAUCAGGGUGUUUGGCACGAGUAUGAUGGAGGAGUAUGAGCUGAACUCGGAGCCGUCAGACAGACACACACACAGUCACGAUGACUACGAUCAGCCGCCUGACUUUCUGCCAGUAGAUGACAAAUCCUCCAAGAAUCUGAUCGGAUCUGCCAAAGACGCUCUUCUCACCAUGGUGAACAACAUCGCUGCCAAUGUGCUCGGAGGGCACCCGGAGAGCGCAGGAAACUCUUCCACUGACGGUGUAAACGCGUCAGACAUGGUUCUCCCUGCUGGAGCGAUGCACUCUGGGGCAGUGGAAGAUCAGCUGGAUGUCACUGGGGUUACAGAAACCGUCAGCAUUACAUCAGCGACACACACAGACGCUCCAACCCCUGAAACACGUCCCGCCGAACACAGUCCCAUCCGAACCGAGCCGGACGCAGAGCAGAUCGUCACUCUGCUGCCUGAGGUGGAGGAUGAAUCGGAUCAGUCCUCUGAGGCAGAACUGGGCCAAACAGAGCCGCAGAACGGACGUGUGAAUGUAAACGCAGUGCGCUCUGAAUCACACAUCUUCUCUCUUCACGAGUACCUUCUGCAGCGCUGCUCUGUUCAGAAGAGGAAGACAGACUCACGAUCGCACUCUCGUUCGGCUGUAAAAGCCUCAUCUACGAGCACAAUCACAGAGAGUCCCGUCAUUCUCACUCCAGACGCCCGUUUGGAGCUUCAGCCGGUCGUGUGGGAUCUCGCACCGAGCCUGACUUCAGAUCUGCUGGUUUCUACUGACCGUCUGUCCGUCAGCGAGUGCCUUACAGCGACGCUCCCUCCACAGAGCACUGAUCGUCUGCUUGAGUCCGGUCAGAAUCCUGAUCACGUGACGCUCUCGGACCUCUUGACCCGCUCUAGUGGAGAUGAGGUAGAUCGUGAACAGAUCUCGGCCACAUCUGGCCUUAAAAGUGACAUUUCAACUCCUGCUGUUUCCAGUAGUCCAGUAGAUGAGUCUCAGUCCAUGUCCGCUCCUGUGGAUGAAGCAGCGAGUGUCACGCUGACUCCUGCCGAAGCCGCUCACCCUUCAGAUGGACCCGUAGAGUCAGCCGAGGCCAAAAGCAAGGAGCUAGUGGACGAUAAAGGCAGCGCUAACAUGGAGCAGCCCUCCUCGGAGAUCUACGGCGAAACGCUCAACUCCAGCGAGGCGCCCGCGCACGGCUCCAGUCAGAAAGAGUCUGUUUUCAUGAGGCUCAACAAUCGCAUCAAGGCUCUGGAGAUGAACAUGUCUCUCAGCGGACGCUACCUGGAGCAGCUGAGCCAGAGGUACAGGAAGCAGGUGGAGGAGAUGCAGAGAGCCUUCAACAAAACCAUCAUCAAGCUGCAGAACACCUCCAGAACGGCCGAGGAGCAGGACCAGAGGCAGACGGACUCCAUCCAGGUGCUGCAGGCUCAGCUGGAGAACGUGACACAACUCGUCCUCGGCCUGUCUGUCAGCGUGAGUCAUCUACAGCAGGAGGUGUCUGACAGGCAGAGCUACAUCCUGCUGUGUCUGGUCCUCUGUGUGCUGCUCGCGCUGCUGAUCUGUGUCAACUACCGUCAGAUGUGUGAGAGUCCAGCGCUCGACACGCACAGAUCCUGCUGCCCUGAGAGAGAGCUGCUGUCUGAAGAAGAGCCGGUGAUGCUGAGACGCAGAGCCUCUGAUCCGCCCUCGCUCUCGUCCCUCCAGACGCCUGAAGGAGGUGCAGAGGAAACCCUGACCCGGAAGCAGUGGAAACAGAGUCCAGUUAGUAGAAAAAAGAAGCAUAAGCUGAAGCUCAGCAGGAGUCCAGAGACUCGAGCCGCUCCGCCGGUCACUCGUGUGAUUCCUCAGAGCACCAUCGGCCCUCAGGAGGUCAGAGACGUGAUGUCGGACGGAUCCGAGGGCUCCUCGCAUUCUGACGAGACGCUGUUCUGUGGAAUCACCAGCUGCACGCGUCUGUGUGAGACGAUACCGGCGCCGAGAAGCUGGACACAGAGCAGACGGCAGAAAAACACAGAACAGCUGCAUCAGCCUCCGCAGCGCAGCGUCCCGUAUAAUCUGACCCGCACUGGACACACUGACCCACACACUGACCCGCACUGGACACACUGACCCACUGGUGUCUAACCCGCACUGGACACACUGACCCACACACUGACCCGCACUGGACACACUGACCCACUGGUGUCUGACCCGCACUGGACAUACUGACCCGCACUGGACACACUGACCCACACUGGACACACUGACCCACACUGGACACACUGACCCGCACACUGACCCGCACUGGACACACUGACCCGCUAGGGUCUGACCCGCACUAGACACACUGACCCGCUAGGGUCUGACCCGCACUGGACACACUGACCCACACACUGACCCGCACUGGACACACUG